CUCCUCUUUCCUUCCUAUAUAAGGAAGAGAGAACGCCAGUGAUAAAUUCAUUGGCAUCCGCAUUCCUUAGCAAACGAACAUGGCUGAUGAUAGCGGUGGAGAUUUACCCGCCUUACCUGAAGGCUGCGUUGCAACCGUGCUCUCGUUUACGGGUCCUCGAGAUGCGGCCAGAUUGUCCACGGUUUCUUCCACAUUCAAGUCGGCUGCCGAAUCCGACUCCGUUUGGGAGCGUUUCCUUCCUCCAGAUUACCUCUCUAUUAUCUCCGGUUCAUCUGAUUCGUCUUUCCUGGCCUCUUCUUCCUCCAAGAAACACCUCUUUCUCCGUCUUUGCGAUAAUCCUAUCCUCAUUGACGACGGCAGGAAGAGCUUUUCACUGGACAAAUGGAGUGGGAAGAAAUGUUACAUGCUUUCUGCGAGGGACCUCAUGAUCGUGUGGGGGGAUACUCCUAGAUAUUGGAGAUGGACUUCUGAACUCAAAUCCCGAUUUGCAGACGUGGCUGAGCUUAUUGGUGUUUGCUGGCUUGAAAUCCGUGGUAAAAUUAACACUCUUAUGCUAUCCCCAGACACCCUCUAUGUAGCUUAUCUGGUGUACAGGACAACAGCAGGAGCCUAUGGUUUUGACCACCAGCCUGUAGAAGUCACAGUGGGACUCGCUGGAACUGAAGGUUGCAAGAAAAGUGUUUAUUUAGAUGCAGAAAGGGAGCGACAGCAGCGAUACCAAAUCGUGGUCCGGCGAGUGGGGUUAUUCCGCCACAGCCAUGCAAUGGGAUUGCAAGCACCUGUAUCGACAAGGGAGAACAAGAAGAGUGGUCAUCAUAAUCCACAGGAAAGGGAAGAUGGGUGGUUGAAGUUGGAACUUGGCGAGUUCUUUAACAAGGGAGGUGAAGAUGGGGAAUUGGAAAUGAGCAUUGCAGAAGUAAAUGGAGGUGAUUGGAAAGGUGGGCUUAUUGUUCUGGGUAUAGAGAUUAGGCCGAAAGAGGAUAAAUAUCGUACCAAAUAAGCAAGGGUCCUCAGCUCUUCAUUUUCCUAAAAAAUUGUCUAUUUCAUAUAAAUAUAAUAGCUAUAUGAAGCAAAAGUGACCUGCAUCUGGGCCAAGUGCUUCUGCCUUCUGCUGGUGAAUAGUGAUGUUCAACUUAGGCCUGCUCUUCUCAUUUUUGGAGUUGCCUUUUUGUUAUUUAAUUCCACAUUUGUAGUGAUAGUAUUGCAUCCUUGUUGUCUAGCUAGUAAGCCUCAUCAUCCGAAUGUUUAGCUUAUAAUUUUAUACAGCUAAAAGCUGCUAUGAUAUUUUCCAAGAUUAAUUAUGUAAUCUUGAUGCUCCACUUUGGACAACCAGUGAAUAAGAGAAAAUGAACAUAUUCGGCUUGCUUUAUUUGGAUCA